UCCUAUGAAUAAUGUGCUUCAUAUUUUUGUGGGGAUUGCCUUGAAUUUGUAAAUUGCAUUGGAUAGAGUAGACAUUUUCAUCAUGUUAAUUCUUGUAAUCCGUGGACAUGGAUGUCUUUCUAGUGUUUGUGUCUGCUUCAGGUUCUUUCACUGGUGUUUCAUAAUAGUCAUGGUAGAGAAGACAUUAAGAAAUGGACAAGUAGGAGUACUUUCUACAUGACUUGGCAAAUGUUUUAAUGAGAUGUGGGGGCAAAGCAUCGAGGCCUGUCUGUGUCUAGCACACAGUAACUGCUCAGUCACAUUAGUUCUUACCAGUCCAUCACCCUCUGCUCUUUCAGAAUCUCCUCAUUGCCUUAGACACUGCCCAUUUCUUAGAGCAUUUGCUCCAUGUUUUCCUCUGUUAGUUUCAUAGUUUCAGAUCUUACAUUUAGAUCAUGAUCCAUUUUGAGUUGAUUUUUGUAAAUUAAAAUCCAAUUUUCCCAGUCCCAUUAAAAUAGAUGUGCAUAUCUCCAGGGAGUGUUUUUCACACCUUUGUCAAAAGUAAGUGGGAUGUAGGUGUGUGAAUUUCUAGGGGUUCUCUUUUGUUCCAUUGUCCUAUGUGUCUAUUGUUAUGUUGGUACCAUACUGUUUUGGUCUCAUUAGCCUUGUGGCAUAUCUUUAAUUUUGAACUGUGGUGCCUCCAUCUUUGGCUUCAUUGUGUUAAGAAUAUUUUGAGUAUUCAGAGCCUUUUGUGUUUUCAUAAGAAUUUUAAGAUUUUUUUCUUAUUCUGUGAGGAUAUCAUCAGCAUUUUGAUGGGGACAACAUUGAAUUUCUAAAUUGUUUUGGGUAGUUUUGAUAUUUUAAUAAUAUUGAUUCUUCCAAAUCAAGAAUAUAUGAGGGAAUUCCAUUAUUUUCUGUCUGCUUCAUUUUCUUUCAUUAGAUUCAAUGUGUUUGAAUUUCAUUGAAGAGGACUUUCACAUCCUGGUUGAACUUAUCACAAGGUAUUUAAUUUUUUGUAUCUGUAUAGAAUUGGAUAGCACUUACCAAUUCUCAUCAAGAUGGUUGAGUAUAUAAGGCCAUUGAUUUUGGAAUUCCACACUGUGUACCUAAUAGAAAAUUACGAAUCCAGAACACAUAAGGAGUGGAAAUACUUCCCCUGUCAAGUGGAGGCCUCGCAGCAGGAAUGUGGGAUUUCUCUGGGUCAUGAAUGGGGAUGUGAAUGAGGGGUUGCAGGUGUUUGUUAUGUGUGGAUGCUGUGUGUGAUCCAUUCCAUCUGUGCUACUCUGACAUUAAACACACUGCUUAUCUGUCCCCAGUGUGCAGGGGACAUUGGGUGACAAUGACAGUGACUCUAAUUCAGCAAGGGCAAAAAUGGAGGCUACAAGGAAGUCAUGAAUCCAAAAGUUUUCAAGUUGAGAUGGGUAAAUCCAACAGGACUUCCUGGGAUAGGUUUCAGGGCUGAGGACUAAUUCUCUGUGACGUGGGGCCAUGCCUCUGGGUCUCAGCCUGCAUAUACUUCCAUCUUCAUUUGAUCCAGUAAUCAUGCUUUCUUCUCACACUCUUCUGAUGUUUGUCCUCUUCCUAGUGUCAGCAGCCUUCUCUUGGUUGUUUUGCGCAUACACCUUACCUGAGUCAGUCUGCCAAUGCCCCAUGCUUGGCUAUGACCACUUUACGAGGGUCUGUUCUCAUGAUCUCAGGCUCCUCAGGAAAAUCUUUAUUGACCUGAUUUCCAUUGGUCAUUGUGGAGUUUACUUUUUUAUCUUUGAAACUAGCAGCAUUGCCUUGCAGAAAAGCUGGGUCCACAGAGGUCCAGAAUGAAUCUCUACUCUCCCUGGCUCCAGGAGACAAAAAGAAGAACAUGGAUCUCCAUACAGAAAUGACCUCCAUGAGGUCUGACACUCUCUAGCAUUGCAGCAGAGGAGAAAUCCUGAGGGAGAAUUCCAGAGCAGCAGAAAUAGCAGUGCUUUAUCCGAAGUCCACAAAACCCAACAAUGCAUUCUUGGAAGACAAGAGCAUGCUCAGCACAGGGAAGCUGGAGGUCAAAGCUCAUGGGGUGGCCCUCCUUCCAUCAGGUGCUGUGGUGCUGAAACAACCUCUUAGUCUCUAUGGAGCUCAGGUUCCUCAUCAGUAAGAUCCGGAGCUGAGUCCACAUCCUGAGAACCCAGAACUGAAGGUGCAGAUGAAGGAAGACGAGCAGCUCUCUGGGACGUGAGAAUGACCCAGAGAAUGAUAAGUCCCUGUUGUCCUGCUGUGACACACCAUCAGCAUGGCAGGAUCCCACAGCCCUGCAUCAGAUCCCAUGGCAGAACUGAACGACCUCGAAUGCCAGCAAUUGCGAUCCCAGCUGGCAAAGAGCCAACAGGACUGCUGGGAGCUCCAGGAGAAGUUUCUCAUAGCUGAGGCUACAAACUUUGCCCUGGCCAGGGAGCUGAAAAAAUACAAUUGUGAGAAGUUUAAAAACAUCAUUGAGUCCAUACUGACCAAGAAGCUCCACUUGGAGGAGCCGCUGGCAGAGAAGCCCACGGUCCCAGAGCUGCUCAGGCAUUGCCGUGGCAUCCUUGAAGAUCAGGACCAAGAACUCUCCCAGUUACGUCCAAAGGUCCAAAGGGGGAGAAAUCUAGCCCACAUCCUGCAGCAGUACCUGAAGGACGUGCUCACCGUGCAUGACCCUGAGACCUGUACGGGGCAGGGCUUCCGACGACUGCUCACUGAGGCUGUCCGGCUGUCAGCGAGCCUUGAGGACCUGCUUGGAGCAGAAAAUAUUGAAGAGGAGGAAACACCAGCACAAGGACCUGUUGCUGACAGGGAGCUCUUGGAAGUGGAUGAAAUGGAAACCCCACAAAGUUCACAGCAGGAAACAUCUAUCACUGGUGCUGCUGACCACCUGCCGAGUGGCUCCUGCCUGCCUGAGGGCACUGUGCAACUGUCUCGUGAUGCUGAGGACACCCACGGUGUGCUAGGUGUAGAUGGGGAACACGCUUGUUCACACAAGAAAGAAGAACCUGUCACCGUUCUCCCAGAAAAUCAAUAUCAUGAAGUGGAGGUACAAGAGCAAGUUGUCACAUGCACUUCCAGGGAGCUCCCAGAGGAGCAAGAGCAGGAAGACCCAGAUGAUUCGCUGGACGAGUGCUACCUCACUCCCUCGAUUUCUCCAGUCGUUUCUGAGCUUGACCAUUCCACGUGGAGCAGCUGGUGCUCCCUGGAGCAUCAGGACAUGCUCUCUGCUCCAGAUGCAAACGAAAAGGAACAUGACAAUGAUGAAGUGCAAGAGGAAACACAAGCCCUGUCACACAACAGUCUCAUCAGGGAGAUUCCAGAGAUUGAAGAUCAAGAUGUCUCACAAGACUCUCAUGGUACGUGUUUGACUCCUGCACUUCUUCCGGAAGCUUCUGACUGGUCCCAUUCUAGGAGCACCUGGUCCUCACUGGAGAAACAGCCUGUCUGCUCUGCUCUUGUUGGAGAUAAAAAUCAAUAUCAUGGAGUGGAGGUACAAGAGCAAGUUGUGAGAUACACAUCCAGUCUCAUCAGGGAGAUUCCAGAGAUUGAAGAUCAAGAUGUCUCACAAGACUCUCAUGAAAAUCAAUAUCAUGGAGUGGAGGUACAAGAGCAAGUUGUGAGAUACACAUCCAGUCUCAUCAGGGAGAUUCCAGAGAUUGAAGAUCAAGAUGUCUCACAAGACUCUCAUGAACUGAGUUUUGUUGCUGCCCCUGAGAGGAAGACCCGUUCCCAGCUGGAGGGAGGUCCUCUCGAAGAUCCCAUCACCAGCAAGUGUGAGAGUCAUAGCAUCAGCCCCAGCGAUGUCCCAAGUACCCCAAAAGAAAAUGUUAUCAAAGGAAAAUGGAAGCCCAGGAAAUGCAAACUGGCCUGCAGGUUCCCUGGCCUGGAGAUGAAGGGAAAACCACAGCCCACAGAGAGGAAGAUUGUGUGCCGAUUCCCAGGCCAGGAGAUGAAGGGAAAACCACAGACCAACAUGUGGGCACUGACCUUCAGAUUCCUGGGCCUUCACGCCUAGACAGAGAUCCCAAGUACAGUUGGAAGGACAGAACAGUAUUGCUGAUUGUAACAUCCCCACCUCUUCAAAACAUCUACCACAAGAGCUCCACUUCAACAGCAACCAGAACACCAAGAACGCAAUUUCAACACCAUGACCUGCCCUCGGCUGUUUUUAUCCACUAGGCUGCUUCCCUGAGAGCUGGCACAGUCUUCCACCUCCAAUCUGAGUAAACACCAAAGGAGACCCAGGCCUGACUCCACAGCUGCUCUAGAGAGAACACCACCUGGCUCCUCUCCAACUACCUCCUGUAGAGAUCUGAGGUCAGGAGGAGCUGGAAGCAAACAGCACAGGACUCUGGGCACACACUGCCUUUGGAUGGGGCGAGCUCGGUGUGGGCAGUGUCAGAGACACAGCGCCCUGUGCACAAGGCUGCAUGUGAGCAGAGGAGAGGAUCGAACUCUGCAGGACGUGGACCCUGACCCAGACAGCUGGCCCUCUCCUUCACACUGCCAGCAUCCACAUAGAGGACAGCAGGAGGAGGAGACUUUGGGGCUCAAAAGGACAGGAAGGGUCUCUUUCCUCCUUUUGAACCCCAACCAUCUCCCCCUUCUGCUGUCUUCCAUGAUGGGAACGCUGACUGUGUGAAGGCGCAGGCCAGGUGUCUGGCUCGGGGUCUGCAUCCUGAGGAUCUCUGAUGCUUUCCUCAAUUUUACACUCAGCCUCACUCUUUGGCCAAGCACCCGAUGCAGGGAGUGCUGUGUGCUCCCUCCCACAUCCCCCCAGGAGGCAGAAAACAUCUUGUGUGCCCAUCAGGUCCCCUGACCCUGGCAUCGGUCAGUUGGUGAAAGCUGUCUGUUGAGCUGUACAUCCUAAAGAUACGCUCCUUCCUCUGUAUCCUAACAACUGUGGAGAGGGUGACCCCUCAGAGCCUGAGCAAAAAGGGAGUGAGCAGCGGCCCUGGCGGAGGUCCGGUCAUCAACCCAGGAGGUGGCCAUUGAUGGGCGUGAUAACAGCAAGUUCAUGGUGAUGAAUGCAGCAGUGUGGCCGGGAGGGCCCAGGUGGGCGAGGUGGACUGAGCCUGCAUCAAGGAACCGGACACCUCUCUGAACACUCCUCUCUCCACGUCCAGAGUCAGGCAGCGCAGAUGCGGGCAGGACCUCAUCACGAGGACGCUCAUCUCUUACAGCUGCUGGUCCUGCCAACUCCACUCAGUGUUGCAGGAGAACUGGGGGCUCCUGAUGCAGGACAUGGGCCAAGGCACCCAGAGCCCCAGCAAACAGCAAGGCCGUGUUCCUGCCGGCCUGAGGCAGCUGCAGGACGAGGAGGGGCCAUAUGCCUGCCCCCACGCCGACCUGGAAAUCUGAGUCCUCGAAGAUUCUGGACGCCCGCUGCUUAGUAGGUGCUCCUGGUCAAUGAACAAACCAAGCCAAUGGCACCGCUGCCCUGUGGUGGACCUGUUUCUCACAGCUACCAUUCUUACUUCCACUGUCUGUCAUGCCUGUGAUGACACAAUUGUUUUCCUUUCAUGAAAAUUGGGAUCCUAGGGAGGGAAUUAUGUUUCCACCUGAGUGUGCCUCCUCUCAGUGUAACAGCUGCCUUAGACACCCUGUCAGCACAUCUUGGGCUCCUAAAAUCUACAACUUCUCAUUAAGAUAUCGCUGUCCAGGCCCAGAAGUGUCUCCUGUGUCCUGGAGUGUAACUGGAAUCUCAAAAAUUUUGAUUCAGAUCCCAAUAUGUAUUCCCUGUUUUAGUUAAGUGUUUUUAAAAAGAAAAAUUCCAAAAAAAAAUUAAAAAUUUAAUAAGAAAAAAAUUUUUAAAGUAAAAAUAGAAAAUAAAAAUGGUACUGCAUUGUUUUUUUAAAAAGGAAAAAGAUUUAAAAAAUUAAAAUUUUGAAAACUGUUAAAAAAUU